GAUGCAACUGACAACGUGUUGCAGAUGUUGUUCCCUGAAAACAGGAACAAUUUUUAACGGAGUAUGCGGAAUUGUGCUCGCCGUGCUUUCUUUAAUUGUGAUCUUCACGGCGAACGUAGAAUGGAAAACGAUAAUCAUCGACAUCCUGGACAAAACCACUGUAAAGAUCAUCUUCGCAAUCAACCUCUGCAUGACAAUCCUGAUCUCUACGCUACUCGUAAUCGGCACUAUAAAAAAGAAUACAUUUAUGAUGCUACCAUGGGUUGUCCUGGGUAUAAUGUUGGCCGUCGGCCUUCUUGUGAGCGUCCUUUAUAACGCGAUCGUGUUCUUCAUAAACCACGAUGUGCUUACCGGUCUUCUUUGGCUUAUCCUCGGUCUAGUUGCAGUCGUGAUAUACACGUACAUGUGGCUGGUAGUGUACAGUCACUUUCAAGAACUGAGGAUCGAGAAAUUGAGCAAAAGAAUGGGUCCCUAUGGAAAACCGUAUAAUUAUCGACGACCAUGAGAAAAGGAUUGAAUGCGUGGUUGCGCGAUUACAGGGGUCAGUCCGUCCGCGAAAGAGAAAUGAUCCAACGUCCGCCAUAUCAUUCACAUAAGCGCAUAUAAACUCAUAUUGAUUCGCGACAUGGUGUUGCAAUUAGAUACAACCGAUUGCAAAUUGCGAUAAUUCAUAUCGUUUUCGCGUAUCUACCUGGUUCGUUAAAGAACGAUCUUGAAAAAUGUAAAACGAUGACGUUAUCUUGAAUCGACUACAAAACUGACCUUUUCUUACACAUAAUCGUAAUUUAUUAUAUAAUAAA